GCCAAAUUGUUUCAAAAUGGCGGAUGGUGUACAAUCUCGAGUGGCAGGAGGUGGCUUCUGGAGCCAACCACAAGCUCAAUAUAGCAAACAAACUCAUGAUUUGUUGAAAGAUAUGAUGAAAGAAUCAAAACUCACAAAUUUUCAACAACGACAUCUUGAGAAAACAUUGAGAGGUGGGGGCUCCCUGCCAUCCAAUUGUCCCCCAACACACAGCGCACAGCGGAAAAAGACACCAGUCUCUGCUCCAGCUGUCAGCAAGGUGCUCAAUCCAAGGAAUUACAAAACAACUAUUAGAACAAAACAACAGAUGGAAAACAUGGGAGCCUUUGAAAAACCAGACUACACACCAGCACAUAAUACCAGAGGUGUUUCAAAAGAAAAGGAGAAGGCAAGACUAGCUAAUAUUAUGGAGUUUGGUCAAGAUAUCCCUCCUCGUGAUAAACGGAAACAGAGAAAAGCUCCUGAGCCCGCUCCAGCAGUUGACAGGUUUGAUGAAUUACAAAGUGAGAUAGAAGAAAGACAGUCUUUCCUUAGGGAAAUGGAAGGUUUGGGUAAAGGCGCUCAGUUUAGGACAAUCAUAUCGACAGAAGUAUCACAGCUUAUAAGAGAAAUGGAAAUGAUAGACAAGAAAAAAUCAGCAGAACUGGAGAGACUUAUUGAGGCAGAAAACAGAAAAGCAGCAACAGAGAGGUCCUGAUACAUUGAUACCAAUCUGUGAUUGUGGUUGUGUUGGAAUGUUUUUAUCUGCUUCGCGGCAGUGAUAGCCUUCUUUGGGAAUGUCCCUGUUAUCUUACAUGGCACAUUGAUUCAGGAGAGCUUCUAAUUGUACCAUGAAACCAAGUCAAGUUCAGAGAUAUCAUGAAGUGAAACUAAGAUGGUACAACAAGGAACUCCUUGUUCAUUAACUUUUGUCUCCGAGAACUAACAUUCCAUUUUAUUACCAGGUACAUUUGAAUUUGUUUCUUUUUCUGAUACAGAUUAUGGUGUAUACAGUAUAGUACAGAUUAUAUAGUGUAUAUAAAAUGUGUUUGUGAAUUUUGUUUCUUCUUGAAGUUAAAUUUUCACCAAAUGUAGUUCGUAACACUACAAUUUUUUCAUUGAAAAUUCUUUGCUGUUAUUCUGAAUCUACUAUAUGAAAAAAACCUGUGUAAUUUUAUUAUGAUACUGGUUCUGUAUUUAGAAUCAAAGCAAGCAUAAAACUGCAGCAAAGUGAUAAAAAAAGACAUUUAUGUAUAGAAUAUGUUUUUGUAAGAUAUAAGAUAUAUUGUGAUGUAGAAAAAGUUCACAGAAGUUCACUCUACUUUAUUACAAGAACAAUUUUGUGAUACUUAUUAUUUAUUAUUUUCCGUCCAUUUCAUAACCUUAUCAAAUCUUUGUUAUUAUGGAUGAUUUUUGUUGUUGUUCGUAUUUAGGAAUUAUAAUUUAUUUGAUACAUAGAUUAUGAUUCUUUUCAGUAUUAUUUUGAUUUUAGUUGUCUAUAUGUGACAGUAGCCUUUGACUUCAGAAAAGUUUCACCUUUCUGAGGUUGACAAUUUCUUAUUGUAAUAUAUUGCACAACAAGCAUUAUUUGAACAAAUAGCAAUUUAUUUAUUCAUGAAACAAGAACAAAAUACCUAAGCUUGUCGUUGGAAGGCUAUAAUUCUGUGAACAACUCUGCAUACCAGUGCAUAUCCUUUGAAGAUUGCAGUACUUAAUUUUUUCGAGUCUCUAUCAAGGCUUUUUCUCUUAAAUAAUCCCAAAAAACUCUAACAGAUGUUUCUGUCAAAAAUAUAUAUUAUAUGAUGGAAAUAUCCUGUAACUAUACAGUACAUUAACCUCAUGAGAGGUGACAGGAAUGUGAUAUUUAUCUCUUUAGCAGGUUUUCAACAAUCACCAUAAUUUGUCAAUACCACAGCAUGAGUUUUCAGCCAAUCACAGGGAAGCAAAACUUAAGCCACAUAAUGAUAGUCAAUAUUACAAUCAGCAUAUCUUUUAAAAGGCUUAUUGCUAAGUUGUUAUAUGUGUUAUCAGGUCUACCUGGUAAAUUAUUUCACAAUUAGGAAUAUAACAACAUCAUUGAUUAUGACAAUAUGUUGGUUAGCGAACAAUAAGCCAGAAUUAUUGUUAAAAAAAAGACGUUUUUUGUUUUGUAUAUUGAUUCACUUAUGAACGUUUUUUUAAUUAAAGUUAUCAUUUAUUGUUUAAAAGUUUGAAGAAAAUGUCGCCGCAACAUUCCCUUUGAAGUUAAAGCAGUGAAUGUUGUAGUUAUUCUGAUGCAUUUUUUAAAAAGUAUUUGUUAAAUGCAUCGUUUUUAUAUGUAUGUAAGGUUCCUUGUGCAUAUAUUUUAAUGUAAAUUGUUUGAUGCUUAAUGAUUAUGACCAUUAAUUAAAAUCAUUUACACAUUGUAUGUAUAAAAUGAAAAUUAACUAUGUAAUGAUAUACCCAUACUCUGAGAGCUCAAAACUUUUAGACUGCUGUCUUGUCUGCUUAGGCUUCUGAAAUUCAGAGGAAAUAAUUUACUUGUGAAAUGUGAAGUACUAGUAUAUUGGAUUCAAAAUCAUUUCCUUUCUUGCCAUACAAGUAUACCACACAUUUCCAUCUUCCUCUGUCACACUUGUGUAAAUGUUUGCGUUUUGUUAAAAUCAUGUUGAAGAUAUUUUGAGUUCAUGUUAAGUAAAAUCUUAUGUGAUUUCAUAAUUAUUUUGACAGUAUCGUUUCAUUUGAAAAAGUCGUUGGUUUUUAACUUUGAACUAAAAUGCUAAUGCCUGAAAAUUAGUGGGAACCAGACUUUGUCAUUUGAAUUUUGCAACAAAUAAUUAUAAAGAAACAUGUUUUAAUUCACUGUUCGUUCAUAUAUGUUAUUAUUACAGUUUGUUACAUAUUUGUAAGCCACCUUGCUAAUAUAUGUGGUAUUACUUUAAUAACCAUGAUAUAUAUUGUGUGUAAAGCAAGGGAAAGGAAUUGUUGUAGUAUACCAUUAUAUUUUGUAUGUAAAGUAUGAGAAAAGAAACACCUUUUUCAGCACAAUAAACAUAUAAUAUUAUUAUGUCA